UGUCAGGCAGAGAGUGUCCUGUGGGAGUUUUGGGGAGUGAGGAUGUUUCAGAGUUCUCACCUCUCAUGACUUUUCCCAGGUAUACCCAUUCUAACUGGCAGAUCACAGUGUUCCAGUUAUCACCAGUCUUAUCCAUUUCAUUUUAGCAGGACAUAUGAUUAAUUUCUUGUUCUGGACCUUUGUAGUUUAAAUUUGCUGGUUGUUCUCUGUUUCCAUUUGGUCAUCUGUAGGUUGGAACUUGUCUCACUCUUGUUGAACUUUAUCAAAUUAUAAGCAAUAACCAAUACACUCAAAUAUCCUGGUAUAUUUGCCAUAAACCCUAAGCACUUCGCCCUCAGUUUGCACAUAGUCUGAAUCUUUAGCAGCAAGAGAAUUGCUUAAUCAACAGCUUACAACAGCAGAACGUGGACUGCUAGGAAAAUUUCAUCCUGAAUUGAGGGAAUCCUCAUUGUUUCUCUCUCUAGUUGACUCAACUAGUUCCAUAUUUGUUCUGAAGGUCUUUCACUCAAGAUACAACUUCCAGAUAAUCAUUUAUGUAUUCAUUAGAACUCCUUUAGUUUCAAGUAGAAAAAAUCAUCUUGAGCUAUUCUAAUAAUGGUAAUAGUAACAUUGAGUGAAUGUUUAUUCUAUACCAGUGUCUGGCCCAUAAUAAGUGCUUAAUCUUUGUUGAAUGAAUACUAGACAUUGCACUAAGUACUUUAAAUGCAUUAUCUAAUUUAAUCCUCACAAAAACUCUACACUAGGAUUUUUUCCUUUUUACAGUAAAAACAGCAACAGCAACAACAACCACAGCAACAACAACAACAACCACAACAACAAAAACCCAAAAAACCAAAAACAGAGAUUUAGAAACUGCCCCAGGACACACAGCUAGUAAAUGUUGGAACCAGGGUUUGAACCUAGACCAUCUCAUUUUUUGCUACCCUAUGAGGAAAGAAGAAUAAUUUAUUGUAAGAGAGUUGUUACAGAAUGAAGGGCAGAAAUUCAGAAGGAUUACAGGAUGGGCUGGAACCACAAAGCUGUUGGGAACUCAGGUCGUAUUCUCCCUCGGAUUCAUCUGUCUGCUUUUUAGACUAGAUGUGGUAUCCUUGAUGGGCAAAGGGAAUAUUGGUAAAAUUACACAACAGAUCAUUUCACUGAUCUCAACUUUUGAUUUGCCUUGGAAAAUCCCAUCAUUGCUCCCAGCUAUCUUUGUGACCUGGGUUAAGUCAUUCCAUUUCUUUGGGCUCCAAUUCCCCUGUCUAUAAAAUGAGAAGUUCUUACCAGAGGAUUCCUCAAGUCUUUUCUGUGAUCCUGGGAGGCCGAGGCAGGAGGAUUGCUUGAGUCCAGGAGUUUGAGGGUGCAGUGAGCUAGGAUCAUACCACAGUAUUCCAGCCUGGGCCACAGACCAAGACCCUAUCUCUAAAUAAAUAAAUACAUAAAAAUAAAACUCUGUGAUCCUAAGUGAAUCUUCUAGGUCAGAAGCACAUUAAUAAUGAAGUUCCAUGUGUGGAUUCGAGGGAGAGAAUGGGGAAGGGUUCUAGGGAAAGAAGGACAGAAUAAAAGUUUGGGUAUAGCUUCAGUGUUGAAUUGCUAUUUAGAGUUGGUGUAAAGUGAAGGCCUUUGGGGAGAUAUAGAUGGAGAAUGGAAAAGACUUCUAACCUUGGCCUGGGGUGGUGGCUCAAGCCUGUAAUCCCAGCACUUUGGGAGACUGAGGUGGAUGAAUCACUUGAGGUCACGAGUCCAAGACCAGCUUGGGCAACAUGGUGAAACCCCAUCUCCACAAAAAAUACAAAAAUUAGCCGUGCGCGGUGGCGCAUGCCUGUAGUCCCCAGCUACUUGGGAGGCUGAGGCAGGAUAAUCGCUUGAACCAAGGAGGCAGAAAUUGCAUUGAGCCAAGAUAGUGCCACUGCACUCCAGCCUGGCUAACAGAGUGAGACUCCAUCUCAAAAAAAAAAAAAAAAAAGGCACGGUGGCUCACGCCUGUAACCCCAGCACUUUGGGAGGCUGAGGUGGAUAGAUCACUUAAGGUCAGGAGUUCAAGAACAGCCUAGCCAACAUGGUGAAACCCCAUCUCUACUAAAAAUACACAAAUUAGCUGGGUGUGGUGGCACGUGCCUGUAAUCCCAGGUACUUGGGAGGCUGAGGCAGGAAAAUUGCUUGAAGCCGGAAGGCAGAGGUUGCAGUGGUCAGAUAGCCCCACUGCACUCCAGCCUGGGCAACAGAGAGAGAUUCCCUCUCAAACGCCCGCCCCCCGAAAAAAAACAAAAACAACAACAAAAAAGAGUUCUAACCCUGACCAGACCAGAUUAUUUUGAAUGACAUCUCUUUCUCUCUCUGUUCCAUGAGCAGUUCUGUGUGUAGGGAGAUCAGUCCCUGUGCGUAGUGAUUUAAUCUGGUUUCUGUCUUCUCAGCUCAGAGUUUUUGAUAGGGCUUUCACCUACUAGGCCACAGAGAAAGAACCAAAUGAUAGGGGAUUCCAGGGGGGAAGGAAAGACCCAAACAUUUGAAUGGCCUAAUGAGCAAAUCACAUUUCUCCGGGUCUGUUUCCUUAUCCAUAAGUGAAAAAGUUUGGUGUAUGUGAUCUCUGAGGUACUGCUCAGCCCUUGACACUCUGUGGUCCUGGGUAGUAGUCGAAAGCAGCUCUCCUCUUCCUGAAUUCUCCAUCCUUGGACUGGACCUCUCGUCUGUUUAUACCUUGCUGCCCAGUUUGUUUCUCCUGGGCGUCUUUUCUUCCUCAAUUUCCUCAAAUCCUACUUGCUUCUUAGCUCCUUCAUAUCCUCUUUGUUUUCUAUGUUUCUGCAGAACCCCAGAUUACACCCCUGGUCUCCAGUUCUCCAUGUCCAUGUCUGCCUAUUCCUUUCUGCAUCACUGGCUCCUAACUCAAGCAAUCUCCUCGGAUUCCUCUGAGGGGCCCCUGGGAUCCCCUAUCAUUGGUCCCUCUCACAGAAGCAUACCCUUCUCCAGAGCCAAAGGAUCAGAUAUUCAGCGGCUCAGGUAACAAACCUGCUGUCAGGUUACAUAUAUUGUUUCCUGAAAGACCACACUACAGUGUCAGUGGAGCCUCAGGCUGCCUGCAGUGCCCUGCCCUCACCUGGCUAUCUCACAAAGGUGAGAAUAACCAGAACUCACCUCCAGUACCAGUGUUCAACUGGAACAUGGCUCUGAGCCUCUGCCCCCUGCUGCUGCUGCUGCUGCUGCUGUCCUUUGCAGUGACCCCUACUGGGCCUCAUUCCCUGGACUCUGGUCUCUCCUUCCUGAAGUCAUUGCUCUCCACUCUGGACCAGGCUCCCCAGGGCUCCCUGAGCCGCUCACGGUUCUCUACAUUCCUGGCCAACAUUUCUUCUUCCUUUGAGCCUGGGAGAAUGGGGGAAGGACCAGUAGGAGAGCCCCCACCUCUCCAGCCACCUGCUCUCCGGCUCCAUGAUUUUCUAGUGACACUGAGAGGCAGCCCCGACUGGGAGCCAAUGCUAGGGCUGCUAGGGGAUAUGCUGGCACUGCUGGGACAGGAGCAGACUCCCCGAGAUUUCCUGGUGCACCAGGCAGGCGUGCUGGGUGGACUCGUGGAGGUGCUGCUGGGAGCCUUAGUUCCUGGGGGCCCCCCUACCCCAACUCGGCCCCGGUGCACCCGUGAUGGGCCCUCUGACUGUGUCCUGGCUGCUGACUGGUUGCCUUCUCUGCUGCUGCUGUUAGAGGGCACACGCUGGCAAGCUCUGGUGCAGGUGCCGCCCAGUGUGGACCCCACCAAUGCCACAGGCCUUGAUGGGACGGAGGCAGCUCCUCACUUUUUGCAGGGUCUGUUGGGUUUGCUUACCCCAACAGGGGAGCUAGGCUCUGAGGGGGCUCUUUGGGGCGGUCUGCUACGCACAGUGGGGGCCCCCCUCUAUGCUGCCUUUCAGGAGGGGCUGCUCCAUGUCACCCACUCCCUGCAGGAUGAGGUCUUUUCCAUUCUGGGGCAGCCAGAGCCUGAUGCCAAUGGGCAGUGCCAUGGAGUUUUCUUCCUUACUCUUUCCCUCCUAGGUAACCUUCAACAACUGCUCUUAUGGGGCAUCCGGCACAACCUUUCCUGGGAUGUCCAGGCGCUGGGCUUUCUGUCUGGAUCACCACCCCCACCCCCUGCCCUCCUUCAUUGCCUGAGCACGGGCGUGCCUCUGCCCAGAGCUUCUCAGCCCUCAGCCCACAUCAGCCCACGCCAACGGCGAGCCAUCGCUGUGGAGGCCCUCUGUGAGAACCGCUCAGGCCCAGCACCACCCUACAGCAUUUCCAACUUCUCCAUCCACUUGCUCUGCCAGCACACCAAGCCUGCCACUCCACAGCCCCCUCCCAGCACCACUGCCAUCUGCCAGACAGCUGUGUGGUAUGCAGUGUCCUGGGCACCAGGUGCCCAAGGCUGGCUACAGGCCUGCCAUGACCAAUUUCCUGAUGAGUUUUUGGAUGCGAUCUGCAGUAACCUGUCCUUUUCAGCCCUGUCUGGCUCCAACCGCCGCCUGGUGAAGCGGCUCUGUGCUGGCCUGCUCCCACCCCCUACCAGCUGCCCUGAAGGCCUGCCCCCUGUUCCCCUCACCCCAGACAUCUUUUGGGGCUGCUUCUUGGAGAAUGAGACUCUGUGGGCUGAGCGACUGUGUGGGGAGGCAAGUCUACAGGCUGUGCCCCCCAGCAACCAGGCUUGGGUCCAGCAUGUGUGCCAGGGUCCCACCCCAGAUGUCACUGCCUCCCCACCGUGCCACAUUGGACCCUGUGGGGAACGCUGCCCGGAUGGGGGCAGCUUCCUGGUGAUGGUCUGUGCCAAUGACACCAUGUAUGAAGUCCUGGUGCCCCUCUGGCCUUGGCUAGCAGGCCAAUGCAGGAUAAGUCGUGGGGGCAAUGACACUUGCUUCCUAGAAGGGCUGCUGGGCCCCCUUCUGCCCUCUCUGCCACCACUGGGACCAUCCCCACUCUGUCUGACCCCUGGCCCCUUCCUCCUUGGCAUGCUAUCCCAGUUGCCACGCUGUCAGUCCUCUGUCCCAGCCCUUGCUCACCCCACACGCCUACACUAUCUCCUCCGCCUGCUGACCUUCCUCUUGGGUCCAGGGGCUGUGGGCACUGAGGCUCAGGGGAUGCUGGGUCGGGCCCUACUGCUCUCCAGUCUCCCAGACAACUGCUCCUUCUGGGAUGCCUUUCGCCCAGAGGGCCGGCGUAGUGUGCUACGGACGAUUGGGGAAUACCUGGAACGAGAGGAGGAGCAGCCAACUCCAUCAGGCUUUGAACCCACUGUCAACCCCAGCUCUGGUAUAAGCAAGAUGGAGCUGCUGGCCUGCUUUAGUCCUGUGCUGUGGGAUCUGCUCCAGAGGGAAAAGAGUGUUUGGGCCCUGCAGAUUCUAGUGCAGGCGUACCUGCAUAUGCCCCCAGAAAACCUCCAGCAGCUGGUGCUUUCAGCAGAGAGGGAGGCUGCACAGGGCUUCCUGACACUCAUGCUGCAGGGGAAGCUGCAGGUACCACCAUCCGAGGAGCAGGCCCUGGGUCGCCUGACAGCCCUGCUGCUCCAGCGGUACCCACGCCUCACCUCCCAGCUCUUCAUUGAUCUGUCACCACUCAUCCCUUUCUUGGCUGUCUCUGACCUGAUGCGCUUCCCACCAUCCCUGUUAGCCAACGACAGUGUCCUGGCUGCCAUCCGGGAUUACAGCCCAGGAAUGAGGCCUGAACAGAAGGAGGCUCUGGCAAAGCGACUGCUGGCCCCUGAACUGUUUGGGGAAGUGCCUGCCUGGCCCCAGGAGCUGCUGUGGGCAGUGCUGCCCCUGCUCCCCCACCUCCCUCUGGAGAACUUUCUGAAGCUCAGCCCUCACCAGAUCCAGGCCCUGGAGGAUAGCUGGCCAGCAGCAGGUCUGGGGCCAGAGCAUGCCCGCCAUGUGCUGCGCAGCCUGGUAAACCAGAGUGUCCAGGAUGGUGAGGAGCAGGUACGCAGGCUUGGGCCCCUCGCCUGUUUCCUGAGCCCUGAGGAGCUGCAGAGCCUAGUGCCCCUGAGUGAUCCGAUGGGGCCGGUAGAACGGGGGCUGCUGGAAUGUGCAGCCAACGGGACCCUCAGCCCAGAAGGACGGGUGGCAUAUGAACUUCUGGGUGUGUUGCGCUCAUCUGGAGGAGCGGUGCUGAGCCCCCGGGAGCUGCGGGUCUGGGCCCCUCUCUUCCCUCAGCUGGGCCUCCGCUUCCUGCAGGAGCUGUCAGAGCCCCAGCUUAGAGCCAUGCUUCCUGUCCUGCAGGGAACUAGUGUUACACCUGCUCAGGCUGUCCUGCUGCUUGGACGGCUCCUUCCUAGGCACGAUCUAUCCCUGGAGGAACUCUGCUCCUUGCACCUUCUGCUACCAGGCCUCAGCCCCCAGACACUCCAGGCCAUCCCUAGGCGAGUCCUGGUCGGGGCUUGUUCCUGCCUGGCGCCUGAACUGUCACGCCUCUCAGCCUGCCAGACCGCAGCACUGCUGCAGACCUUUCGGGUUAAAGAUGGUGUGAAAAAUAUGGGUACAACAGGUGCUGGUCCAGCUGUGUGUAUCCCUGGUCAGCCUAUUCCCACCACCUGGCCAGACUGCCUGCUUCCCCUGCUCCCACUAAAGCUGCUACAACUGGAUUCCUCGGCUCUUCUGGCAAAUCAAAGACGCUACUGGGAGCUGCCCUGGUCUGAGCAGCAGGCACAGUUUCUCUGGAAGAAGAUGCAAGUACCCACCAACCUGACCCUCAGGAAUCUACAGGCUCUGGGCACCCUGGCAGGAGGCAUGUCCUGUGAGUUUCUGCAGCAGAUCAACUCCAUGGUAGACUUCCUUGAAGUGGUGCACAUGAUCUAUCAACUGCCCACUAGAGUUCGAGGGAGCCUGAGGGCCUGUAUCUGGGCAGAGCUAAAGCGGAGGAUGACAAUGCCAGAACCAGAAUGGACAACUCUAGGGCCAGAACUGAAUGGGCUGGAUAGCAAGCUACUCCUGGACUUACCGAUCCAGUUGAUGGACAGACUAUCCAAUGAAUCCAUUAUGUUGGUGGUGGAGCUGGUACAAAGAGCUCCAGAGCAGCUGCUGGCACUGACCCCACUCCACCAGGCAGCCCUGGCAGAGAGGGCACUACAAAACCUGGCUCCAAAGAAGACUCCAGUCUCAGGAGAAGUGCUGGAGACCUUAGGCCCUCUGGUUGGAUUCCUGGGGAUAGAGAGCACACGACAGAUCCCCCUACAGAUCCUUCUGUCCCAUCUCAGUCAGCUGCAAGGCUUCUGCCUAGGAGAGACAUUUGCCACAGAGCUGGGAUGGCUGCUAUUGCAGGAGUCUGUUCUUGGGAAACCAGAGUUGUGGAGCCAGGAUGGAGUAGAGCAAGCUGGAUGCCUAGUAUUCACUCUGUCUACUGAGGCAAUUUCCUUGAUCCCCAGGGAGGCCUUCGGUCCAGAGACCCUGGAGCGGCUUCUAGAACAGCAGCAGAGCUGAGAGCAGAGCAGAGUUGGACAGCUGUGUAGGGGGCCACAGCUUGCUGCCAAGAAAGCAGCUCUGGUAGCAGGGGUGGUGCGACCAGCUGCUGAGGAUCUUCCAGGUGAAACUACCCAAAUACUUACAUGUCCAGCAGGAUGUACAGGGAGUAUCAAACGGUCUGGUUUCUACAUGUGCUCUUCUCUGGGACUGGGUUUUCUAAUUUAUAAAGCAGAGAGUUUAGAGGGAUGAUCUUUAAGUCUCUUCUAGUUCUAGAAUUCUAUAGCUCUGGGAGUGUGUAAACUAUUAAGUUUUCUUUUAGCCCAGAACUUCCAUUUUCCUGCUCUCUUGCCUCUUUAAACAGCUGACUCAGCUCUAGCUCAGCUAAGCGUGGAGCUCUCUGCUGGGGAGAUCCCUAGAAGGAGACAUUGUGAGGCUUGAGAACUGGGUUCAAAUUCAGCUCUGCCAUGAAAUGCCUGACCAACUCCUCAGUCUUCCAUCUAUAAAACAAGGGACUUGGCAUCUCCAAUCACUUCUCGUUCUAUUAACUUCUAAGCCCUAUACAUCUUACCCUGUAACACUCCCUCGAUCCCUACUUCCCACAGUGCUCCAUCCUGCAAAGGUUGGAAGAGUCAUUCCAUCUACAGAUACCUCCUGGCCCUGCCUUCCCCUUCAGAACCUGUGCCAAAUUGUGAAGAUGCACGAGAGACAUUCCCAGCAGCCUGGUCUGCAACCCAGAUUGCAGAGAUGGA